AUCAUUUGCACUGUUUGCACUUAAUAACGAACACGUGUUGCUUGAAUCUUGAAUGUUCUUGAAUCCAUUCAUCGUCUGAUCCUCUAACAAAGCUGUAUGUUAGCUGUAGGUACUUAAGUGUUAAAAUUAAGAUUUAAGUAAUUAUUGUUAAGUGAUCGUGAUUCAAUAUGGGUGCGGACAGCUCAAAGGAAGAAAACAAAUCCAGAUUACAAGACGAAAGACAAAGGCGGCACCAGUAUGUCACGCAACAGAGACGACAGGAAUCGGCACAGACUUCCAGUGCGACGUAUCCGUCGCCUGUACCAACCCCAUCGUCACCGCAGCCAUCGGCUCCUCCAGCCUCUGAAGUCAACGAAAUAUUAAAUAUCCCGACAACUCGACUCAACGCGUCAAGCAGCCCUUCAACGCCUCAGGCGUCGCAAGACUCGCAAGUGGCAUCUACUCCGAGACAUCCAUUCUCUCAGGCCAACGUAAUACAAAAGGUUGCUGUGUCCCACGUCAAUGCUUCGCCAAAGUUUCCUCCUCGCCCACCACCCCCGUCUAAAUCAAGUCAUAAUACUCCAGGGACCUCGCAGACUGUAAAUGCUUCUACCAAUAAAAAUGAAGCACUAUCAGAUGCGAAACCCAAUGCACCAGGGCCUUCAAAGUCCAAGCCUUCUGCAACUAAGAAUAGACCGAAACCAGGCGGCAGAGGCCGAGACAACGACAUCAGUUGCCCGACGUGCGGCCAACGUUAUGGACUCAGCAUCUACCAGUGCAGCAACGGACAUGGCUCCUGCCAGGAUUGCCGCUUGGCUCAGAGGUCGUGUGGCAAAUGUCUGUCGCCCAUCACUGCUAUGAGGAACAUCGCGAUGGAAGCGGUUAUAGCAGAUUUGAACACACCUUGUCCCAACGAGGGCUGCACGCUUCGCUUUAAUUUCGAUGGGAUGCAGCGUCACCUCGACGAGUGCCCGUUUGGGGAGAUGGACUGUCCAAUGGGCGCAGUCUUUGGACAAUGCUCAACGCGAUGCAAAGUUUCUGACAUGGCUGCACAUUUUGACGAGUGCCACAAGGAGCAACGCACCGCAGAAAUAGACAAGGAGAUGUACGUGUUCAACAUAUGCAUGGACACCCAAAAAAUGUUUCUUAUAAAGAAUGGUCCGUACAACUUCUUAGUUCACGUUAAAGUAGACGAGAAAGAACGUAAAAUUUCAAUGACUGUCCAGUUGUUAGGCACGAAAAUAAGUGCUGACAAAUGGACAUAUGAAUUUCAUGUGUACAACAAGAGACAGCCGUUAAGGAAAUAUCUUUACGUUGACAAUUGUCGGUCAAUCGGUACUCCGGUUGCGGAUAUUUUCAAAGAGAGCCAGUGUGCUACCCUGCCGCUUAGUUACGCCAUGACUUUCGUCAACGAAAGCGCUUUGACGUACAAGUUUUUUAUAAAGAAGGAAAUGAACCAGCGGGGCCGUAGGAGAGGUCCCAGGAAUAACGAUGCCAAUUAAACAAAUAUUUAGGGUAGAAAUAACUGCAUGGUAGCUGCAAAACUUGUAUUAAAACUGCAGUCCGCCUGUUUCGGCCCUUAACAAUUUAUAAGCUUUAGUACCCUAAGUCCACGUCGAUUUUACUAAAUUCUUGGAGUUGAAUGUUGAGCCAUUCAAACUGAGUAAUUAGAAGAUUUAGAAGUAAACUCACGUAAGUAUCAAACCAAAUGGACUUAUCGGUUCAAUUUUGUUUUUAUGGUACCUACAGAUUUGUUAUUUGAUAUGACUAUGAUUGAAAUGUACAAUUAGAUACCUAUUUUCGUCUAUCUCUACUAUUUGUUAGUUAUUUCGUAUUAAAACUGCAGUCCGCCUGUUUCGGCCCUUAACAAUUUAUAAGCUUAAGUACCCUAAGUCCAUGUCGAUUUUACUAAAUUCUUGGAGUUGAAUGUUGAGCCAUUCAAACUGAGUAAUUAGAAGAUUUAGAAGUAAACUCACGUAAGUAUCAAACCAAAUGGACUUAUCGGUUCAAUUUUGUUUUUAUGGUACCUACAGAUUUGUUAUUUGAUAUGACUAUGAUUGAAAUGUACAAUUAGAUACCUAUUUUCGUCUAUCUCUACUAUUUGUUAGUUAUUUCGUAUUAAAACAGCAGUCCGCCUGUUUCGGCCCUUAACAAUUUGUAAGCUUUAGUACCCUAAGUCCAUGUCGAUUUUACUAAAUUCUUGGAGUUGAAUGUUGAGCCAUUCAAACUGAGUAAUUAGAAGAUUUAGAAGUAAACUCGCGUAAGUAUCAAACCAAAUGGACUUAUCGGUUCAAUUUUGUUUUUAUGGUACCUGCAGAUUUGUUAUUUGAUAUGACUAUGAUUGAAAUGUACAAUUAGAUACCUAUUUUCGUCUAUCUCUACUAUUUGUUAGUUAUUUCGUAUGCCCUUAAGAGUCCCCGACAAGCUCGACCGAAUUUCACCUUCCCAUACAAACGGAGUUUCGUACUCAUUUUAAAACUACGUGUUGGAUUGUAAUGAAACUUUGCACAUACAAUGACAUAAGGUAUGUCUAGGUCUGUAAUUAGUUUAUAUAGCUCUAGUAUAUAAAAGUUAAAACAAACUAAAUCGAGCAAAACAAGUUUUGUAUGAAAACCUUAAAUUCGCGGUAUUUUUUUUACUGUGGUAUCUGAAGCUACACAAACUAAUUACAGGCCUCUAGGCCGAUACCUAUAUCUAUAUCGUUUAAAAUAAAAGCGUAACCACUUUUGUAUGGAGUUAUGGAGAACCGAGCUUGCCGGGGACUCUUAACAUUGUAUCUUAGGAAUGCGAAUGUAAAAGACUAAUAAGAUUAUAGUGUAUUAUUUAGAGAUUUAAGAGCAUUUCCACAACGAUCGUUUUUUCCUCAAUUAUGUUUUCUCAAAUAUAAGAAUUAUUAUUAAAGACAUUGUAAGUGUAGUUUAAUUCACUAUUGUUUCUUUAUUCCAUUCAGUUUAAGCCAACAAGUUUUAUUUGUAUGCAUUAUCUUAAUAGAUGUUUAAUGUUAGCUAAUUAAGCACGUCCAAGUUUAGUUACGAUGCGGACGUAAAAUUUAUCAAUUAUAACUAUGAAACUACAUAGUUCCUUCAUUGCUUUGAACCUUGAACUAACGUAGUUAUUAGCGGAUAAGAUAUCGCGUUAUAACUAGAAGAAAUGUAUAAAGGAUCAUAAUUAUUGGAUACCCUAGUUCACACUCGUACUAAUUACGAUGAAAAUUUUAUUGUAAUUAAUACCAGUGCACAAACAUGAAGUCACAAUUAAUACCAAAUUUUCCGAGUAAUUACGAGUAGUACGAGUGUCGAUUCUAGAGUAUUAUAUUAUGUCGUCUUAUAACGCAUCUAUGUGUAGUAGUAUAAUAGUAUUGGUAGUGCGUGGUGGGAAAACUGGCGAUAUUUAUAUUAUGGCAUAAAUGGCCUCAAGUUUUCACGUAAUAUUGGACAAAAUGUCAAUUGUCAUUGUCAAAUACAUUAUUAAUAUGGCACUUAACCGCCAGUUUCGCCACAGUUGCACACAUAGCCACAUAAUAAAUCAUCAUUACAAAACAAUGAUUUAUUAUAACUCGAUAUGUUAUAGGCGUUCCAAAUAUAAACGCUCACCUUGUGACUAAUUGUACAAGUUGCCUUAUUCGCACCUAGGCAAGCGAGAAAUGUGCACGUGCUCACCGAAAGAGAAAGAGACAAGCUCAUGUUUAACAAUUAACGAGUAUAUAUGACAAAGAUGAAUGGAAUGCGAAAAAUCAUCAAAAAUAACAGGUUUCUUCGUAGGUAUAUAAAUAAAUAUAGAAGUAUUUUUUGUGCUCCUUAUGUAUGAGUACAACCUAUCUAUAGUUAUAUAAUAUCAUCAUUGAUUAUAAACGGAUCUAAGCGCCAAGGAGGAGUUUAAGGUGGUCGGAAUUUUAUAAUAUAAGUACUCCUCCACUUUUUCGGCGGUUUUUUUUCUUUCUUUCUAAUCAUGGUUGUCACGUAAUUAAUAUGGGUUUACGGAAUAUUCUCCUAAACUGAACCUCCUAAUGCUCCAAGCUUGGGCAGCUUUAAAUUCCACCUAAAGCAGUGGCUUAUCGAGCAAUCGUUUUAUAGCUAUGACGAAUUCAUUGCGUGUAAGGCAUAAUGCUUACUAUUAUCAUAUGUUAAUUCCACCAUUUGCGGUAUACAUUAUUAUAUUGACAAUUAUUAUUAAAACAUUUAGGUAAUUAUUAUUAAUCAGAACUGUUUAUACCUAAUAACUAGAUCACUAUUAUUGGAAAAUCACUAUUAUUAAUUAUUUAUUAUUGACGUGUAAAUUGGUUUUAUAAAUAAAUUAUUAUGAUUAUGAUUAUUACAUUUAUACAAGCUUGUAUUUUUAACUUGCAAUGUAUAACCUUGUAUCUUGUAUGUAACUGUGCAAGUUGGGUGAUGUCUUAAUGAUAUUAUUUUUUUUGUAAUAGGAAGCAAACGAGCAGACGAGCCGCUUGAUGGGAAGCAGUCUUCGCCGCCCAUGGACAUAAGCAACAUCAGGGGAGCCACUUAUGCGUUGCCAACCUUUGAGAACCCUAAAUACCGUUGUUUGCCACCGACGUAGUGUUAAAAAUAUACCUAUAUAUAUGAAAACUAUUUAUUGUCAAUUUUUUUUUAAUAAAUAUUUUGAGCAUUGCCUGAAAUUGUCCACCGUUGUCUUGUACGAACGCGAAUUUUCUGAAGAUUUGCAGGUAUGAGUUUCCUUUUCUAUGACAAAUGGUCAAAAGUAUGAACAGAAAAAUAAUGGCUUUCUUUCUUAUGGUGCCGUCUCCUGCCGGACGUUGGACUUGGCUAUCAUUAAGGCUAUUUUUACUUUUGACGCUGCAGCUGCAGCUCGAAACAGCGAUGGUGCUCAUCUUAUACCAGCACCUGAGGUUUUUGAGCCACGAGGUACGUCUUCUUCCAGGUUUUCGUUUUCCUUGGAUUUUCCCCUGUAUUAUCAGCUGGAGGAGGUGGAAUUUCUGAAUGUUAAUACUAAAAUGUCUCUUCUCUUUUGCAUGCACUCUCUGCAACACGCUGUUAUUGGUUACUCUAUCCGUCCAUGGCCUUUUAAAUGCCAAAAAAAAGUCACAAGUCGCAACACAGGAAAUAAGAUGCGUCUGUACGGGACAGCCCGUGGAAUGCUCCUUUUGGCCGCCGCAUUUUUUUUUCGAUGAGCUGAAGUAUAUUUUGGAGAGUGGAGCCGAAAAUAGCAUUUUGCGACUUGAAACAUGAAGAUGAUUUCCAGUAAUGUUACCAUACAUUACCAUUCUCACCACUUCGAUGGUUGGCAGUCCUCAACUGUGCAUUUCUCCAGAAACUUCCUGCCUCGCACAGCUAAACUGUGGAAUGAACUGUCGCCUGCGGUAUUUCCGGACCGAUACGACAUUCAAACCUUCAAGAAAAGAGCGUACUCCCAUCUUAAAGGCCGGCAACGCUAAGUGUUGUUGCGGGUGUCCAUGGGCGGCGGUGAUCGCUUAGGUGAUCCGUCUGCUCGUUUACCUCUUAUUUAUAUCAUAAAAAAAAUAUGACACAUUCUUUUUAUUCCAACGUUUGUGGCUUUCAAGGUAGGUAACGGCUCGAAUAUUUAGGGGACACUGCCGCCAACAAAGCUUCUGAGACAACUUGUUUUAAUUACCUAUGUACAGUCAGCAUCAGAAGUAAUAGCAGAUCAGGCUCAGUAUGGGCAGAAUCUCCGCAAUUAAAUACGGGUUCAGAAAUUGAUCCUUAUGUAAUAUACAUUACUUUACUGUAAUAACACAGUUUAGAGAACAUGAUCAUUUUAUUUUACAAGCGUUUGUUUAACUUGCAGUGUUUGUAUUUGUUAAAAGCAUAGUGGGAACAUUCUUGGCAUGUUACAAGGGACAAUGAAAACGUUAUCUGUGGUAUGAUUAUCAUAUUUAUCAUGUGGUGGAUGAUUAUUUGAUUAAAGUUGGACAUUGUUUGAGCAUUUGGUGACUA